UCCGCCCCGCGAGCGGCCAUCUUGGAGGCUGAGGCGGCGGCGGCGCUGCGGCGGGUUCGGUGGGCCCAAUCCCGGGGCGGUGCGGCUGUUUCGGGCGCGGGCCCCGCUUUUCCGCACCCUGCUCCGGCCUCGACUACGGCGAGCCUGAGCGCGGCGGCGGCCCACGCGCAGCGACAGGGAGAGGUGAGCGCGCUCGCAGGCCUGCGCCGGGUCCUCGGGCCCGCUCGUCCCCCCUGCCGGAGCCGGCCACAGCGGCGGCCCGGGGCUGCGGGGGACCCUGCGCGACGCUUCUCCGUUCGCUCCCGCCGCCCGCGGGGCCCCGGCCCGAGCCUGCCUGCGCGGAACCCGAGGUCGGUUACGGCGGGCUCCCGGAGCUCCGGGUCAGGGUCAUGUCGGGGACUUGACCACUCGGCCGGGUCUCCCGUCAGCUGGGACACUUGCAGCUGCCCCAGGACGGGCAGGCUCGAUCCUGGUUCGUCAGUGGAUCACGGGAGUCUGUGUCGGGGGAGGGCUGCCGUCGAGCCCGCCGUCGCCUCGCCCCUGAACUGUUAGACUCCAGACUGCCCCGUAAACCCCGAGAGAAACGAGCGUGCCCGGGACUGUGCUUAGGGCCAGCGUUUCUGGGAAACCCGGGCGGUGACAGUGGGAGACCACCGCCGGCCGGCGAGUGAGACACGAGCCCGGAACAAGUCUCUAAGCGGCGCCGGGCCUCGCCAUCCACACCUGCCAAUUCCCUGCAUCCUUUCAGCCCCUGGCCGGGUGUCACCUCCUGGCGUCCUUUUCAGUGCCUGCCACUUAGUGCGUGUGUAUUUAACUCAAGUCCGGUUGCCAUCCUCUCGCCAGACCCAGAUAGGAAGCGGCUGAAAGGUCGGGCCUCAGCCCGGUGGGAGGGGGGGCAGCGAAGAGUGUACAGCGGGCUUGGCUGGGGCAGGUCGGUGGCCCCGCGCCCUCCUCCAGGGGAACCAGACUGUGUAAUCUGGCUUCCGAAGAAAGGAUCAUGAGCAGCACCGGCAAUAAGAGGGCUCCGACCACAGCAACCCAGAGGCUGAAGCAGGACUACCUUCGCAUUAAGAAAGACCCGGUGCCUUACAUCUGUGCCGAGCCCCUCCCUUCGAAUAUUCUCGAGUGGCACUAUGUCGUCCGAGGCCCAGAGAUGACCCCUUAUGAAGGUGGCUAUUAUCAUGGAAAACUAAUUUUUCCCAGAGAAUUUCCUUUCAAACCUCCCAGUAUCUAUAUGAUCACUCCCAACGGGAGGUUUAAGUGCAACACCAGGCUGUGUCUUUCUAUCACGGAUUUCCACCCGGACACGUGGAACCCGGCCUGGUCUGUCUCCACCAUCCUGACUGGGCUCCUGAGCUUCAUGGUGGAGAAGGGCCCCACCCUGGGCAGUAUAGAGACGUCGGACUUCACGAAAAGACAACUGGCAGUGCAGAGUUUAGCAUUUAAUUUGAAAGAUAAAGUCUUUUGUGAAUUAUUUCCUGAAGUCGUGGAGGAAAUUAAACAAAAACAGAAAGCACAAGACGAACUCAGUAGCAGACCCCAGACUCUCCCCUUGCCAGACGUGGUUCCAGACGGGGAGACGCACCUUGUCCAGAACGGGAUUCAGCUUCUCAACGGGCAUGCGCCGGGGGCCGUCCCAAACCUCGCAGGGCUCCAGCAGGCCAACCGGCACCACGGACUCCUGGGUGGCGCCCUGGCGAACUUGUUUGUGAUAGUUGGGUUUGCAGCCUUUGCUUACACGGUCAAGUACGUGCUGAGGAGCAUCGCGCAGGAGUGAGGCCCAGGCGCCGAGACCCAAGGCGCCACUGAGGGCACCGCGCACCAGAGCGUGACCUCGGCGGGCUGGACACACUGCCCAGCACAGGCAGACCCACCAGGCUCCUAGGUUUAGCUUUUAAAAACCUGAAAGGGGAAGCAAAAACCAAAAUGUGUGACUGGGCUUUGGAGGAGACUGGAGCCUCAGCCCUGUCCCGGCCACGGGCCGCUGGGGCUGGUGUGGGUGGGCCUUGUGUGCUGGAUUUGUAGCUUAUCUUCCGUGUUGUCUUUGGACCUGUUUUAGUAAACCCGUUUUUCAUUUUA